CAGAAUCAGUUCGUUGUCGUCAGUCAGUCAGAUUAGUUCGGUUCUUGCCAAUUCCAAACAACUUCCAAAGGCGCAGCACACAAAGCACAGCCCACAACGAAUUAGAACGCACUGCAAAAAGGGCAACAGCGAAAAACAACAACAGCAGCAAAGUUUACCAGAAGCGAAGCCCAGGCCCAGAGUUUUAAUACAACAGCAAUCAAAUUAGACUCAUUCAAUUUCUCUCGGACUGCGUGUGUGUGUGUAUGUGCCGCGCGUGUGUGUGUGUCCAAGUGGCGCGUCCUUGGGGCUGGGUCUGGCAGUAAACAAAUAACUGAAGCCAAAAAGCAGGCGCCUCACAAGGAUACUGUGGCUGGCCAAAGCCAGCACAACUGCAGCAAGAGCAACCAGAACCAGGCCAACAACAACAACAUCAACGCAGCAGAAAAUCAAUUUUCGUGAAAAUACAUAAAUCGCUAACCGAAAACAAGUGAAAACGUUGCUCAGACAGGCAGACAGACACACAAAUACCUGCAAAAUACCAACUCGCCGCAAUACAAACAAAAAAGUCCCUCAGUGUGUGUAGUGUGUGCGUGUGCGUGUGCGUGUGUGGAAGAAGACGAAGUAGACGAAGAAGCGAAGAGCAUUACCAUCUCCAACUACUGCACGUCCGCAGCCGCCAUGCUGGACUAGCACACGCCUGUUGUUGUAUCUGCCGAAGAUACACACAAUACAAAUAGAACAGCAACAACAACAACAACAACAACACAGCAGCAGCAGCAGCAGCAGCAACAACAACAACCACAACAAGAACCAACAAAAUAAUAUUGGGCUUGCCUGGCUGGUUAGGCCUGUCUGUGGAGGAGGUGCAACGGGGGCAACAACACACAAGAGUCGCAGCAGCAGCAGCAGCAGUAGCAGAAACAACACAGACUACACAGCUUCAGUACUUCUUGCAAACAUACAUAUAAACACGCAUACAUACAUAUAUAUAUAUAUAUAUCUUCUCGUAAGCCGUAGCAGCUCUUGCUCUGAGCAGCCUGCCGACAUCCUCCAUUCAUAAAAGGCCUAACCAAACGCCAUGAGACAUCAGUUAAAUACAAUUUGCAAUCUAUAAAUAUCUAAAAAUAUAUAAAUAAUAUCAAAGCCCCGCACCAGGCAACUAAGGAAAUAAACUAAAACAAAAUCAAGCACCCAACAUUUUUAAUACCAUCAAUUAUAUAAAUAAAUAAAGAGCAUCUGUGAUUCGCAUAAAAAAAAAUAAUUAUAUAAAAAAACCUAUUUUCAUACUGCACGUUUUUUCAAAACUAAAUAAUUCUAAAAAAAAAACACACAAAUUUAUUUAAUAAAUUCAAUUAAAUUAAUAAAGACAAACUUUAUUAUUUGCCAUUAACCAAAAAGCACAUAAAAUAUUAAAACUGCGCUCAAAUAUUAAUUAAAACAGCAGGCUUUGGGCUUGGCAAAAACGCAGCAACGCUACAACAACAACAACAACAACAAGAACAGCAGCAGCAGCAACAAAUUCAUACAAGGUCAACGGAUUUAAUAUUUUUUAAAUGGAAAUCAUUCCUGAAGGUAGACACUUUCGUUUGGUGCAUGAAUCAGAGCUUUCAGAAAUUUUGGUAACUUUAGAGCGCUAUCUGCCGGAAUCAUUAAAGUUUCAUCAAACUAUUAAAACGUACCUGAAUGAUCGUAUUUGGGAUUUUAAGUUUUAUGUUGCUAAAGAUUGGCCCGAAAAACCGAUAAUAUUACAUUUUCCAGGAUGCACGCUUACGCCGCACAACAAUAUAUACCAAACGUUUGGCAUAUUUUGUCCAUCCGCACAAAUCGAACAUGUCGAUCUGAUGCGCACCGAAGAUGUACUUAUAGAUUGGCAGAAGCCAUUGUACCUGAACUUUACGCACAUCGCUAUUAUGAAUCGCCUGGAUGAGUUCUAUUCGAAAAUUGGUCUAAUGGAGCGACUGAGUGGUGAUAUUUAUGUGUGCAACAAGCUGAAUACGGAACUGGAGCUGGAGCCGCUGCCAGAGGAUGCGGAGAUGCGGCUGCUGACAUUGGAUAAUGUCCAGGGCAUACACGAUCUAUAUCCGGCCAAUGAAAUCGAAUGCGUCAAAUUGUUUGAUAUACUCGUCCGUGUCCUGCCCGGUUUGGGUAUAUUCCGCAAGGAUACCAACGAGCUGGCCGCCUGGAUGGUCCAUUCAUAUUAUGGCGCUAUGUUUUCGAUGCAAACACGUCCAGAUUAUCGACGCAUGGGCUAUGGCAUCCGUCUGGCCAAGGCGUUGACUCAGCUCGUCAUCGAGCGCGGCUACACACCCUUUGUUGUCAUACGUCCACAGAACGAUGCGUCCAGGAAUCUAUAUACAAAGCUGGGCUAUGUCAAGGCAUACGAGACGUGCCGUGUGCGUAUGACACCCGAUUGCUAUGAGGAUAGCACUGUGGGCACCAUAAGUAACACAUCCUAUGCCAAGUUUCCGCCACUACCUCAGGGCGAGUGUGUUGUUCCGUUGCGCAAGCAUGUGCCCGGCGAGAGUCAGACUGUCGACGACGAGGGCAUCGAGGAUAUGUUGGCUGAAAAAUGUGAUAUCAGCAACGAAGAGGCUAGAGAGCGUAAGACCACAACUGAUGAGGGCAUCGGAGAGGAUAAGUAGAGUGCGGCUCAAAGAGCUGACAUACAGAGAGUUACAGAUUGAUUGGAGCGUACGUAAAGUUGUAAGCACCUAGACCUAGGCCCCCUAUAGGGGUGGGGGAGGGGGGACAGAUCUAUUGUCGGAUGUCGAUUGUACUUAUUCAUAUAACAAAAUAUAGCAAGGCACAAGUGGCGUUAAUUUUUUAACAAUUAUAUAAAACAACAAACAACAAACAAACCAAGAGAAAAACAACAACAACAAAAACUAAAAUGAAUAUCUACAUAGUAUUUACAUGCAUGUAUGUAUGUACGAGUAUAUUUAUAGAUGGUAUAUGAAGCUUCCUCACACAAAGCGCAGCGUCUUUUAAUACAAAACAAACUAAAAUUGCUAAAACGAAUGAAGAAUAUUAGUCGGAAAGGAUUUAUUUUAUAUAUAUAUCGAAAACGGAAGAAAGACAACAAAAGCCUAAACGAUAUUCUGCGUAAAGAACUUAAUAGUAAUAAUAAUAAUAAUAAUAAUGGUCAUGGAACACGCUGUUUAUGAUGGUCCGAUUUUAGAAAUGAACAAGAAGAAACUUUUUAAUUUUUUGCUAUAAAUGCUUUUACAAAAUGAAAUCCAACAAUUGUCAUGAAAACGGCUCAGUGCGAACAACAGGAGCGUAUAAAUUUAUUAUAAACUAUUAUAUAAAAACAAAAAAGUAUAUAUAUAUAUAUAUUAACUCUAUAUAUCAAAUUGUUACAAACAGAAAAACAACUACAACAAACAUAAAUACUUCUCUCUGGCUCCACGCAAACUUAGAACAGGUAAAAAAAAAACAAAUUUUUUCGAGCUAGAAAACGGUUUUGGUACUAAAUAUUUUAUGACGAGGGCUUUCACUUUAUCUAAGCUAUCUAUAUAUAUAUAUAUUUAUUUUUUGUCUCAAAACUAAUUUUCAACAUAGAUUUGCCAUGGCCCGGGCGAAAUAUUGCUUUGAUUUUGAGAGUAUAUUAUUGUACUUCCUGCGUUUGGACUUAUAGGCUUUUUCAAAUUUAUAUAUACCCAAACAAAACAAACAAAAACAAAAA